GAGAGUGAGACGUUUCAUUUCUGGGUUUAAGUCAAUAGAAGAAACACUUGAGUGAAGUUUAAAGCUUGUGAAAGACAGAGAUAAUGAAAAUGGGUACAAGACUGAAGCUAAUCUUCUGCAUUUGUGUCUCCAUUCUUGCCUUUUUAGAUUAUGGUAAGGCAAGUAAGAUUGGGAUAUGUUAUGGAAGAAAUGCUGAUAAUCUUCCGAGUCCUAACAGAGUCUCUGAGCUAAUCCAACAUCUCAACAUCAAAUUUGUUCGAAUCUAUGACGCCAACAUUGAUGUUCUCAAAGCUUUUGCAAACACUGGCAUCGAGCUUAUGAUUGGUGUUCCUAACGCUGAUCUACUUGCAUUUGCUCAGUUUCAAUCCAAUGUAGAUACUUGGCUUAGCAACAACAUCCUUCCUUAUUAUCCAGCUACCAAAAUCACUUCGAUUUCAGUCGGUCUUGAAGUAACUGAAGCACCAGACAAUGCCACUGGUCUAGUCUUACCCGCGAUGCGAAACAUUCACACCGCUCUGAAGAAGUCUGGUUUGGAUAAAAAGAUCAAGAUCUCCAGCUCACAUUCCCUUGCUAUCUUGUCUCGCUCCUUCCCGCCUUCAUCGGCUUCUUUCAGCAAGAAGCAUUCAGCGUUCUUGAAACCAAUGCUCGAGUUCUUGGUUGAGAAUGAGUCUCCCUUUAUGAUUGACUUGUAUCCCUAUUACGCUUACAGAGAUUCCACUGAAAAGGUUCCGUUGGAGUAUGCACUAUUCGAGUCAUCUUCGCAGGUUGUUGACCCUGCAACGGGUUUGCUUUACUCCAACAUGUUUGAUGCUCAGCUUGACGCUAUCUAUUUCGCCUUGACGGCUAUGAACUUUAAGACCGUUAAGGUUAUGGUCACUGAGUCGGGGUGGCCGAGUAAAGGCUCACCUAAAGAGACGGCUGCAACUCCUGAUAACGCUCUGGCUUACAAUACCAACCUCAUCCGCCAUGUCAUUGGCGAUCCAGGUACUCCUGCAAAACCUGGGGAGGAGAUAGAUGUGUACUUAUUCUCGUUGUUCAAUGAGAACCGGAAGCCCGGGAUAGAAUCUGAGAGAAACUGGGGAAUGUUCUACGCGAACGGAACAAAUGUUUACGCUUUAGACUUUACUGGGGAAAACACUACCCCAGUUUCUCCAACAAAUUCAACCACGGGUACCAGUCCAAGUCCAAGUUCAAGUCCAAUUAGCGGUAACUCGACCGUAAUCAUUGGAGGAGGAGGAGGAGGAGGGGGAGGAAGCAAGAAAUGGUGUAUUGCUUCUUCACAAGCUUCAGUGACGGAACUGCAGACCGCGUUGGACUGGGCUUGUGGUCCUGGAAAUGUUGAUUGUUCUGCUGUUCAACCAGACCAACCUUGCUUUGAACCAGACACUGUUCUCUCACACGCAUCGUAUGCGUUCAACACUUAUUACCAACAGAGCGGAGCAAGCAGGAUAGAUUGCAGCUUUAAUGGAGCGAGCGUUGAAGUCGACAAGGACCCAAGUUAUGGUAACUGUUUGUACAUGAUUGCUCCGGCUACUGACGGAUUCAACAGAACAAUGGCGGGUAACAUCACUGGAAAUAUAACUGCCAUUGAUUCUCCCUUGGCUUCGCCUUCGUCAACCAAUGAAGCAUUCAGACAGAUGGUGAUUUCCGUUGCAGUCUCUGUUUUGUUGCCGUGUUUUAUAGUUUGUCUGAGUAUUUGGUGAAGUGUACAUGAAUGCUCUGUUGCCUUCUUCUGUCUGAAGUUUUGAGUAGUAGUGAGUGAACUAAAUUAGAAUUUAGCCG